AUGCUUACUCGUCCGGAAUUCGACCCUUUAAAGCACCCUGAAGUCGCCAAGUAUGUCCAGGAAGAACUCCAAGGGAUGACGAUGUUGGAUUGGGUGGAACAAGGUUGGGAAUUUACCGACGCCAACUGGCCGUUCGGAAGAAGCGAGUAUCGUCACGAUGGUGCGACUUACGUACUCGGCCCCGCGAAAGACCUCUUUUCCGAGAUCAUCGGAGGACCAGCGGUGAGGAAUGUUCUCCUAAGGCUUGCCGCAGGUGCAGUGAUCAAGCCCCGGAACGUUCGGUCAAGUCAAUCUAGAAGAUAUUCGCCCGGAAAUACCUAUGCGGAUGGAUUAGAACAGGGAAAGAAAGCAGCCACAAAAUAUCCUCUCAGCUGUGAUUUGGAGAUCUCCAUCAUGUCGAGAAAUCAUCCCGAGUUCCCCGGACUGGCUUUUGCAAGUCUUGUUGGUGUUGGAAACCGUCCUGGUGGAGACCCACAGGUUCUCAGUCACUUUCGUCUUCGUGUCACUCACCCAAAUAUGGAUCAGAACUUUAAUACGUGGAGGAACUUAUCGUACGGCAGACUUCUUGACAAGAAUUGGAUUGACACGGCAAUGGUGCGACAGUGGCUAGUUCAUUGCGAAUUGGAUCAUGGAAAGCGCUGCAAAGAGCACGACUGGGGCAUCAUUAUGCAACGCCCAGAGUUCUUGCGUGUGAUUAAUAUCGACAGACUUUGCCUCCUUCAGCCUCCAGGUCCCGCAAGCUGUCGCUUUUUGGCCUUAUCAUAUGUAUGGGGUGGCAAAAACAAUGUCAGGCUGACUCGAGAUAAUGAGGCUGCCAUGGCACAAUUUCAAGGUCUCCGAAAAUGGCUAGAUGUUCUGCCACGAACUAUUGUCGAUGCGAUGGAAGUGACCAAGGCUCUUGGUGAGAAGUACUUGUGGGUGGAUUCACUAUGUAUAAGGCAGGACUGCGUGACGGAAGCACAAGAGCAGAUUGCUACAAUGGAUCGAGUGUAUGGGAGCGCCUUGCUGACAAUUGUCGCAGCCCAGGGUGGUGAUGCUAACAGCGGACUGCGAGGAGUCCAGAGAAAAGCAUUUGCCACCAAAAACCCAAGUCCGCCCCGGGAGAUCAUACAACAGUCAGCCGAAAUAAAAGAUGGAGCCCAUAUCGUUGCACCGUUUGCUUCUACUCAGAAUCUAUCAUGGAUAAGCUGGGACUCCCGAGCAUGGACUUUCCAAGAGAAGCUCAUGUCGAAACGACUUCUCGUAUUUGCCGGUGAUGAGGUUGUUUGGUACUGUCGAGGAAUGAUAUGCAGAGAGGACAUGCGAAUCGAGGAUUCUGGAUACAUAACCGAGCCCCUCGAAUCGCUUUCGCUAAAGCCUCAGUAUUUCGGCGUUGAUGUUGAUAAAAAUUGGAUAGACGGAAGUCUGGAAGUGGAUCGACAUGGCAGGACACGUGUCGUUCGAUCUGGAACGUUUGCCGCGUAUGCGAAAGCCAUCGAAAGUUAUAUCUCACGCCACAGUACAUUCAAAUCGGAUGUCCUUAGAGCACUUGAUGGUCUGCUCCAUGUGUUUCAGUUGAGCUUCAAAUCGGAAUUCACCGCUGGGCUCCCGAACUGCAUACUUGAUGUUGCUCUCAUGUGGAGACCUACACAGCGGCUGAAGAGACGUGACGGGUUCCCCUCGUGGUCCUGGGCUGGCUGGGAGGGCCAAGUCACAUACAACAAGCCAAUGAACGUUGAAAGAGACGAUACAGGUGAUAUAAAAAUCCGCCAAGAAAGCAGAGUUCGGUGA